AUGGCCAAAUAUGUCUUCACGCCCGAUUUUUGGUACAGACACCACUAUCGAUAUGCCAAUUCUGUGGUUCACGUUAUCGCCCUUGGAGAGCGGUUGGUCAUGUCUAUGAAAGAGUUGGCAGGUCUACAAAAUUGUGUCACAUUUUUUGUGGGAAGUAUCGGGAGCAGUGUAAUGGAUUGGUUUCCAGAUAUCGCUAAGCUCCCAAGAUUCUCGCAUUUCUGGGCGCCGCAGUGGGAGAGCUUAGUCGAAGAUGGUGUCGCACCACUAUCGUUCGUGCGUGAUACCUUGCUGCAUCCUGAUACAGAGUUCCAUGGUGAUAAAGAAGAUGCUAUGUAUGUAGCCAUACAGCUUGUCGAAGCCGGAAGCGACACCACACAGGAAGCACUUAACAUCAUGAUCAUGGCGGCGAUGGAAUCUCCAGAGGCGUUUCAAAAAGCACCUAGUGAAGUUGAUCGUGUCUAUGGUAUUGGUGCUGUUGCUAGAAUUCUGAAUCUAGACGAUAUGGAAGAUUUGCGCUACAUAUACGCGGCGUUGAAGGAAAUAUUGAGGUGGCGACCAAUCUAUAUGUUGGUUCCAAACCAUACUUCGAUCCAUGAUAUUUAG